AUGUGGUAUCAAGUCACAGUUGAAGGAGGACAACCUCAAUCAAGGAUCAAUCAUGCAUCCACCUUUUUACAUAAACAGUCGUUGGCCAAUGGAAGUUGUCCGUCAACGGCAAACGAGAUUGGACGUGUGGUAGUCUAUGGUGGACGAAGCUCUCCCAACUCACCAAAUACACCACCAUUGUCAGACCUGGCAUUUAUGAGCAUUGGUAUUGGAUGUACCGACGAAAUAGCCAAACCACAAAACAAACAUUCACAAAACAAACUCAACAAAUUACUUGGUGGUAAUAAUAAUAAUAAUAAUAAUAAUAGUAAUAGUAGUGCUGGUGCAUCAUCAUCAUCAUCACUAAUCCAAAAUAAUAAUAUUAAUAGUUCAUUACCUAACCCUAACCCUAACCCUUCAUCUUUGACUUCAACUUCAUCCACUUCAUCAUUCACUUCAUCAUCAACUUCAUCGUCGGCGGCAUCGACAUCAUUUUCAACACUUAAACGAAAAACAUACUCUAAACUACCAGUUUACAAUGGCAAUAUAUUGUAUCAUUGGGAGAAUAGUUUGGCACAUGGUGAAGAGAAUUCUGGGGUGGGGUCACCACGUGGUCCAUCGGAUCGAAUGAAUCAUAGUCUGUUGGCACUCAACCUUGGGACACAUAAAGGCAAGAUCAUCAUGUUUGGAGGUGUUGAUAGUGCUGGCACCUGCUACAACGAUCUCUAUAUUUUAGAUGCCGAGAUGCUAUGGUGGGAAAACAUCAAAAAUGCAAUUGGAUCGACACCUCCUUCCCCAAGACAUUCACAUUAUUCUUGUCAAAUUUCAAACGACACCAUUUUAAUAUAUGGUGGUAUAAAUGAAAACAAAGAAUAUUUAAAUGAUAUCUAUACUUGUUCUUUAACAAAUCAAAAUUUAUUAAAAUGGAAUCAAAUUUAUUCAACAGGAAGUAUACCAAAAUUAAAAGAAAAUGAUCAAAUUAUAUAUUGUUCAAAUGCAUUGUGGGUGGUGAAAGACGAUGGAGAUAUUUAUAAGAUGGAUAUUGCAAACUUUAGAUGGAAUGCAGUUAGUUAUAAAGGAACAUCGCCCGUACUAGACAAUGGGUACACGUCAAUCACCAGCUAUGCAACCUAUCUCAUUAUUCUCGUCGAGAGUGAAUUAGAAAACAAUAAUAAUAAUAAUAUUAAUAAUAAUAAUAAUAAUUAUUAA